AUGUUGACUAACUGUUGUAGCUCCAGUACGGCAGCCCAGAGGGUCCUGCAGGGGACGACAGACAGCCUCUUCGGGUUGGGGCUGAUCCGCCGUGGGAAGGGUGCCAGCUUGGAGACGGACGGACGGACGCACGGCGCUCCGGACCGGACCGGACCGGACCGAGCGCCUCCUGCCCGGGUUCUCACCACGCAGAAGCACCGAGUUUACGGGAAAAUAGGAAGGAUAAACGCAUUAAACUUUAAACUCAGAAACAGGGAAGCCGUUUCUUACCUCAAGGCGCAGCCGAACCUCAGUCUGUCUGUGGCGACCCGCUUCUCCUCAGGAAACCUCAGCAAAGACGCGACGUGGUUCUGGAUGCUCCUGUUCGCCAAAAACACAAAAUGCCGGUCAGAGUGGAUGUCCACCGGAGAGAGUCAUGCCCGUCCAGCUACAGCAAAAUCCACCGCUCCACUCCUGCGAGCACGCAGCUGCGACUGGAGGCAGCAAACAGUUAGUUGGAGUCAGCGGAGGCUGAGCGGCGGAUCCAGGAGCAGCCGGUCCGGAUCCGGAGGGCGGAGACUCUGCGGCGGCGGACACGCCUUCAGCCGAACCGCACACUUUAUAGCAGACUUUCUCAAACCACCAGUCGUCCGCGGGCGCCCCCUAGAGGUCCGCAAGGCAUUACACGGAAACCACCGUUAAUUUGCCGUGACGUCA